AUGGAUAAGUUGAAAGGUGUCGUUGUUCGCCUGUCUGCGCUGAUGCUGGAAGGCAUCCUGCAUGUUUUUGGCCUUAGUCCUGUCCCUACCGAAAUUGGAGCUCCUUUCGCGGCCGCAAUCCUCCGUUCCUUCGCCAGUCAAGAGACACCCGCGGUGGCCGUUCUACAAGCUCUGAAUGAGAAGCUAACACAGGGUCUACCUUCUGCUCCCGCCGUCGCCGCCGGUCCGCAACUUUCGGAACCCCGACCUUCUGAUACGGAGGAGGCUCCGAUGCUUGUUGAGCCAACUGCACUUAAUCCAGCGGACUCAGCCCUGCCUUGCACCUCUGACCAACCUACGGCCGAGCCAUCGCCUGCAGAACAAGUGUCUUCUCUUCCUCCGACUAUGAAGCUGCGCCUGACACGUAAAGGCAAACGGACGGCCCCAGUCACCGCAACUUCUCCUCCACCUCCUCGCCAUCAACGCGUAUUGAGCAUCUCUUCUCCCACCAGUUCCUCGGACAUGAGCUUGCCCCAGGAGACAAGCUUGGCCCGGGAGAAGGCCUCCGAUCCGGAGGUUUCUGACCCGCCUUCGGACCUACCUGCUCCACUGCCAAUUCAGAGUACAUUACCUGCUCCGCCCUUGUCCCCUGACGAUCAGCCCCUGGGCUUACCGAAGCCCUCUGCGUCUCCUCUCAUCGCGCCUCCGAGCUCAGCCAUGCCGCUCCCGAACCUGCCCUCUAUAGACCCAGCCUUUGAAGCGUUAUGGCGGCUCCCUUCAGAGACCGAUCCGGCCUACACGCCCGCUGCCGAUUCAUCGUCCAUCUUCGGCAGGGUUGAUUUCUAUGGGGACCUGGCCAUCUCCUGGCAAUCAGCCAGUGACCAAUUCUGGGAGAGCCGUUCCCCUAUGGGGGAGUUUGAUCAAAUUGCUCGUUCUCUGGUGGCGGAACUGGAGCACCCUGCGGCCUCCUCCGCUCCUCCCGAGCCUUCUCUGGGAAGCUUGGAUGCUUAUCUGCGCGCCGCCGAGGAGUCGACGGCCUCUGCUCGGGCUAUUUCCCAUGCUGCCUUGGAUAAACUUCAACAGUUGGAGGCGGCUUUGAAGGCGAGUGAGUCUUCCUGGGCUUCUGAAGCGGCUCGGCAUCAAGCGACAGUUUCUGAACUGAAAGCCAAAGAGGCAGAGCUGCUCUCCCAAUCGGAGGAGCUGACGCUGCUACGGCAAGGUCAAGAGCUCUUGCAGAUGGGUUUGGCCGAUGCCCAGGCCCUGGCUAGUGCUGCCGCUGGCUGGGAAACAACCAUGCGGACUCAAUGGGAAGCGUGCCAAGCCACCCUCCAAUCCCUACAAGCAGAGUUAUCGAAGGCCCAGGAAGCGGUGUCUCAGGGCCAGAGCGAUUUGUCCUUGGCCCGCGUCGAAGCUGAGGAGAAUCAGAACAGUUUGGAGGUGUACCGGGCUGGCGAAUCAGAGCGGCUAAAGGCGUACAGACUGGCCUACGUUCGCUCUUCCUUCUUUCUCCAUAAGCUGGGACGCUGGAUGGUCUUGUUGCUCUGUCAUGGGGCCGCUGGUCGGGUCAGACAGGCCUUUGAGCAAGGUUUCCUACGCUCGGCACCUCCUGCCACCUUCUUGGACACGGCUCGCCUAACCAGGGAAUUACCGCAGGAAACCUUCCCGUCCUUCGAAGCAGAUGAAGGAUUUUUCCUCUUGGAGGCUCCUCCCCCUACGGCCGAUCCAGCUCUCAGGGAUAUUCCUGCCCAGGCCCCUCCUGCUGCUGCAUCUGAUGCGUCCGCUGAUCCUGCGUCUUCCGAUAUAGCGCCAGCCGACCCCGGGCUCCUUCCUUCGGCUUCCGUUGAUUGUGCGCAUUCUCCCCCGGAUGUUGUAUGA